ACAUCCAGGGGCUCAACCGAGAACUGAGCAUUGUCCGACGGUCAGACAGACUUCAGAGCGGUGAGUAAGUACCCUCAAAUCAAAUCAAUCAUAUCCUUGCGAUCCGAUCGCCUUCCAUCAACUUAGCUGGUCCUCUUACGCACGCAAUAAUUCUCAAACUGUUUGGACAAUUCUACCCUACUCUUUUCGAGGAAAGAUCCAGAAGAACCCUUCCCUUGGAUACACUUCUGAACGAGCACGAAAGAGGGGUGGGAAUGGCGGAGCUUUUUUCGCGUCGUUCUACGUCUCCGGCGAACUACGAGAGAAAUACCGGAAAGAAGUUGAGAUGUGAUAUUGGUAAUCAAUGACAUGGUAUCACUUCUAUCUUCUAGAAGGGAUCUUGUAGGCCUUUUUGGGCGCAUUAUUUGAGAAAAGUCUUGAGAUUAGGCUGCUUGUGAUGUCUGCCUACGGCCAUCAAAUGGAGGGGGAAUAUUCCAGCCCGAGUCUUUCUAGUAGAGAGAGUUCUGAGAUGGGAAGCCAUUACGUAAUGGAAUCAGGAUUUUACAUGACGUCUUUUGCUGCAACUAUCUUCAUUGCUGGACUUGUAACAGUCGGGGUUUUAUUAAUCACUUUGCUGAUUGCAUUAACAGUGAUGCUGCAGUCCUGUGAAAGCAGGAGUGCAGGACUUGUUGAGAUAUCAAGACCAAAUGACAGUUACAAUUAUUGCAAGAUCCUUUCUCUGCAGGCUGAGCUCAAUGGAUUGGAUGUGGAUGAUUUGCCUGAAAUCUGUAAGACUGCUACCAUUCAAUACAUAAAACAAGGUCACUAUGCAAGAGAUUUAAAUCUUACAGUGGCGAUAGCUGAACACUAUUUUGAUAGUGUCAAACCAUUAGAGGGUGGUAUGGACUUGGUGCUGAUAGACAUUGAUGACUUCUUUCCCUCAAGUUCUCAUUACACUGAUCCACUUCAGUCUCGAUUCAGUCAGUUUGGUUGUUAUGAUUGCGUUAAGGAGGCAAACAAUCUGAAACACUUUUUCAUCCUGAAACUGUACAUAAGACUUCGCGCUGGUGGCUGGUCAUUGAUUUUGUUAUCAAGGAGGCCUGAGAAACAACGGAAUGACACCAUAGAGAACCUUAUUUAUGCAGGUUAUGGUGGUUGGUCUUCAUUGAUUAUGAGGAGCCAUCAGUUGAGGGUGAGUUGUGCAUGCAAGAUCCUGUAUUGGUUUUUCAGACAGUCCAAAUCAUGCAAUCAAAGUUUGGUUGUGCCCUGUUUGACGUAUUCUCCACUUUGGCUCAGAGGCAUGCACUAGAGUAAUCACACAGAUUUGUCCUAAAAAGGGCUCUCAUGGGGUAGGGGAGUGACCCCUUGGUUAUAAGCCAUAGCUCUCCCCUGAUUUGCACCCAAUGUGGUAUUGUCCCUCCCCAACACUUUAGUACCUCUUUAUUUUCUAUUAAUUUAUAGUCUACUUGUGAAAUAUAUAUGUUAAGUUCUGGUAGGUUGACCAUUUAUCUUUGGCCUUGGGAUUUGUAAGUUUUGAGAGUUGCACAACUCUAUCCAUUGGAAUUAUGUGUUUUUGAUUAUUACAUCUAAAUACUUGGAAUCAAUCCUAAGUCGUAACUAUGUGCGUUUAACCAUCACAGUUUUUCUAUGAUUUAGAUCAUUUGACCAUAAUCCUAGUGGUAGCUGCCAUAUAUUACUCUGAUGAAGCAUGGUACCACACUCAUUUGCUUUUGUUUGACGUUCUGUUACUUGUUGAGCUAUUCAUAUUGCUUGUUUAUGUUAU